UACGAUUUUAGUUUGAUUCUAGAAAACAAAAAGGGUUCAACAAGAUUAACAAGAAGGCUCUUCAUUUUGUCUCCUAAAAUUGCCCAACAAAUUGCACCUUCUUCUCUCUCUAGAGUCUGUCUGCACCAUUCCCUCGAUAUUAUCUUGCUUGUAAAACUUCCUUCCUCCUCCACAACCAUCCCGUCGGGCAGCUCCUGCCUUCCUCCGUCAUGGCUUCGCAGGAUAAAGGUCGGCCGCUGCCGAAGUUCGGGGAAUGGGACGUAAAUAACCCAGCUUCAGCUGAAGGAUUUACUGUUAUCUUCAACAAGGCCAGAGAUGAGAAGAAGACCAGCGCGGCUCAAGUGAAGAUCGUCACCCCACGAAAAAAUGACGGCAGCCUAAGAAAUGGUGCUGGAUACAACACUGUCAAUGAGCACUAUCCCAAGUAUCCUCCCCCAAAGAAGAAAUGGUUUUGCUGUGGCUGAACGAAUCCACAAUUGCUUAUGGGGACGAGGUGAUAAUGCAAAAAUAAUAGGGUGGACUGGGAGGAGCUACAAACAACUUAAAGACGAUUUUUCUUGUGCCCGGGAAAGAUGUGGAACACCAAAUCUCUCAUAUAUAUAAAGAAGAGUUUUUUUUUUUUUUUUUU